AUGAAGAUCUUUACACUUUUGGCUGCAGCUGCAGCGUCAAUUGCUACUGUUUCUGGAUACAAUGUCAUUGAUAGACAAUAUGUUGAUAUUUCUAUCGAGUACAGUAUUGUCCAAACCCCGGAAAUCACUGAAAAGAAUGUUGCUCAAUGGGUUAAUGGUGAUGAAGUCACUUUGCAAUAUAAACUUGAGAACAAUGAAAAAUCCGUGGUUACUGUUAUUGGUGUAGGUGGUAUGUUUGCCAACCCGGUCACAAAUGAGAUUGUUACCAACUUGACUCGAGGUCAAAUUGGUCCAAUUACUGUUGCUCCUGGUACAUCAUCAGUUUUUGAACAGCGUAUUGGAGUUGAUUUAAUUCCAGACAAUUAUCAGUUGGUUCCUCAAGUUUUUAUAGCUCAUGAGGACUUGAUCAAGGUUGUUGCAUGUCGUGGCCAGUUGGCUUCAGUUGCUGAUAAGUCAAUCUCAUUUUUUGAUCCUAGGUUGAUCUUUUUGGAACUUGUGUUGAUAGCUUCGCUUGCUGGUUUGGGAUAUUUGGUAUACGACAUUUGGGGUAAGAGAUACUUUGCAGCAACGCAACCUGUUAAGGUGAAAAAGACCACUGAUGCAACAAAAGUUACAUCAACUGGAUCAGGUUAUGAUGUAAACUGGGUUCCAGAAUCACACUUGAAACAGAAAAAGACAAAAAAGGUGGCCUAG